AUGAACCGCGCUAGCAAGCACUGCCUACGAGCAAGAAUAACCAUCUGCCAUGAGCACAUCAAAACAUCAAGGACCGCCAUCGAAAACACCAAGCGUGAUCUAUGCUCCCUAAUCAAUGAGGACACCUAUGCGACCUUGCUACUAUUCCUAAAGAACAGAGCCACAUCUUUCAACAACAACACCAACACCAGACACGCCAAGAAACUUGCUACUUUGAAAUCCACUGGUUAUCAAAAGUCUGAUAUUGACAAGAACAACUGGGUUGUGAACCUCUCCACCAAACCACUCUUACCAGAAGAACGAUCUCUCCUAGAGAAAGGUCCAAAAUUCGCUCCGACGCCCACAAGCAUUCUACACAAGAACAUUGUGUCUGAAAUCGAAGCGGCUAUUCGUCACCUUCCUGAUAUUUCUAAAGAUGCUGUUAGAACUAGUUCUGCUGCCAUCCUAUAUAGAGCAAGACUGCCGGCGCACAAAAAUAUUUCUAAGGAAGAAAGAAAAGCUUUAAAUGAUCUUAAGAAGGAUCAAUCUAGAGUCAUAAUGAAAGCUGACAAGGGAAACUGCUUUGUCGUCAUGGACAGAUCAGACUAUGACAACAAAAUGGAGACUUUGCUCAAUGACAGAUCCACCUAUGAGCUAGUUUCCACAUCACCUUUCCGCCGGAUUGAAUGUGAAUUGAAUGCCAUGUUACUCUCCUUAAAGAGACAAGAAAAGAUUGAUGACCCAACCUAUCGUAAACUUCACUCAACCGACGGCACACCACCAGCGAUCUGCGGCUCAGUUAAACACCACAAAGAAGGGAACCCACUGAGACCCAUUGUCACCUGUAUUGGCUCAGCUCUCUACAACAUGUCCAAGUUUCUAACGGAUAUUCUAUCUCCACUUCAAAAUCGUAACGGAUACUCUGUUGCCAAUUCCUUGCAGUUUUUCAAAGAAAUAUCUUUGCGAUCCCUGUUGACAAAGCAUGUGAUUACAUCAAGAUCAAACUGGAACAGGACACCUCUCUUCCAUCCAGAACAAAUUUGGACAUCAAUGACAUAA